UGACAUUUCCGUGAGAUAUUUGAGCAUCAUCGUGUGUUGGGAAGUUUGCGGUUCCACAACCAAACCGUGGUCCCAGUUUGAUAUGCAAACGCUGGUUAUACGAGAAUGUCGACUAGGUCGAGUAGCUUACAAUCCGAGCCUGGUGGAGUCUCGGUGCAAUGCGUGAGCAACGGUCCCUUUCAAAGUUUGAGACCGCAGACUGCAAGCGGAAUCCUACCCGGCCUCAACCACCACCGGUCCCAAUUGCGGUCAUACCAUGCGGAGGCGGGAAGGAGGGGGAGGCAAUAUGGGGGAGGAAGCGGGAAGACGAGGGAAAAAGAACAUACAACACCGAGGAUUCGCUGGUCGUCACCGACCCAACUACUGAUUCGGCCCUUACUAGCUUAUCGAUGGGAGAGCGGACGGGAUCCCGAGUUUUCUAGUAGGUAUGGUCGUAUGUGAUGGGAGGAAUUGAAAGUAGUGAUUAUACGGCGUGGACGGUGGACCGUCGGACGAGGUUCCGUUCAUUUUUCAGGGUGGUUAGAG